UGGCUACCAUCGACCCUCAAAAUGACGAAAUUACAAUUUCUAAAUGUAUUUUUGACAGAAAAGUUGAUGUUAGCUGCCCAAGAUAUAUAUAAGCAAGUGGAAGAGACCAUAUUAGAAUACCAGGAGGAAAUAUUCCAGGGAAAGCGAGAGAAUGACAAACUGAGACGCAAGCUUCACGAUAAUGGGAUUCCAUGGCCAGACCAAGAGCCCUUUUCUCCUGUAGAAUCUGAGGAGGAGGAGGGAGCCAUUGGGCAUAAGCAGGAACCAGACCUCGGACAGACUUUGGAGAAACAGGAGGGAAGGGCCAGAAGGGAGGAAAAGCUGUUUAGGGGACUGGCCCCGCUGUCUAGAUUCGUUCCUUCUGAUGGAAAUGAUGACUAUGAUCAGAACCCACCUCAACCCACCUCACAUCAGUUCCAAAUACAAACUCACACUGGGAAGACUAUAGAGGGAGGCUUUCUAUCAAGCUCAACAACCUCCAAUCCAAUCAAAACAGAGACUGAUAGAUUGGGCGUCUGUCCAUUGGAUGAUACAUCAAGUGACCCAAAUACUUUCUCUUCAGGGAACCUCGACCUUUCGGCAGCACAGAGUGAGAACAGUGACUAUGAGAACACUGAUGACUUCUGGUGCUGUGCGGUGUGGAAGGAAAGCAAGGAGGAAGUGAAGGGUGUGGUUCCCAGUACCUGGGUGAUGGGCAGGAAGGUCAUUUCGCCUCCAGCCAAUGGCAGGAAAGUCCUGAAAGAAAGACACAAGCCAGGAGCCAAUUGGACAGCAUAUGACCUUAUUAAGAUCAAACUAUUCUCAGAAUCUCUGGAGGAGUGUGAAGGGUACAGUAGGUCCAGUGAUGAGCUGACUGACAACGGAGACAACACGUGAGCCUAACACGCAGAGGAAGACGGGCGAUGGACACAUUACUGACACUAGGCAGAUACCUCAAGGAGGACCCCAUGGAGAUGAAACACACAGAAAUGUCGAACUCUGGAACCCUGGAGGAAAGUUCUGCAGUUCUAGAAGCAGAACCUCAUCUUGAUCCAUCUGAGAUCAGAGGGCAAGUUAGGUUACCCUAUAUCUACCAGUGUUAUUUCCCAUUGGUUUUCCACACACAUGGUCUAUGUCAGUUUGAGGCGCUGUACACUACAUGACCAAAAGUAUGUGGAACAUCUCAUGCUCGUCGAACAUCUCAUUCCAAAAUCAUGGGCUGGUAUGGAGUGGUAACGCUCGAGCAAGCGGUUGCUCCCGCCACCACUUGGGUACACUACAGCAUCCACCGAGAGGCUUUUGCUGCCAAGGGA